CGGCGGGGCGGGCUGGCACGCUGGCUGGGAAAACAUGGCCGAAGUCGGGGAGGAGAACGGCAACGGGGCCCGGGCCUUGCUGGCGCUGCGCUCGGCGCCCUGCAGCCCCGGCUCUGCGGCGGUGGCGGCGGCGGCGGGGGGCCUGGAAGCGGGCUCGUCGUGCGGGUCGUCCUCGUCGUCGUCCUCGUCCUCCUUGCAGCAGCCGCCGCCUCCCUCGCUGCUGCUCCCCGCGCCGCUGGGCCGGCUGCAGGGCCGCGACUUCGAGUUCCUGGUGCGGCAGGCGUCGGUGACCAUCGGGCGCAACUCCUCGCAGGGGGCGGUGGACGUGCACAUGGGCCACUCCAGCUUCAUCUCCCGCCGCCACCUGGAGCUGGCCUUCCGCGCCCCCCACUUCUACCUGCGCUGCCUCGGCAAGAACGGCGUCUUCGUCGACGGCGCCUUCCAGCGGCGCGGCGGACCGGCCCUCCAGCUCCCCCCGCAGUGUACCUUCCGAUUCCCCAGCACCGUCAUCAAGAUCCAAUUUACGUCCUUCUACCACAAAGAGGAAGUAAAGGAGGAGGCCUCGUCACCCCCACUUCGGCCGCUUUACCCCCAGAUAUCGCCUCUCAAGAUCCACAUCCCGGAGCCGGAUCUCCGGAGCUUGGUCAGCCCGCUGCCUUCCCCCACGGGCACUAUCAGUGUUCCCAAUUCGUGCCCCGCCAGCCCUCGGGGUGCCGGUUCCUCCGGAUAUCGCUUUGUGCAGAAUAUUACCUCGGACCUGCAGCUGGUAGCCGAAUAUGCUGCAAAGGCCACGUCGGAGCAGCAGGCGGACGCGUCCGGCGGGGACAGCCCAAAGGACGAGUCGAAGCCGCCGUAUUCAUACGCUCAGCUAAUCGUUCAAGCUAUCUCCUCGGCCCAAGACAGGCAAUUAACACUAAGCGGGAUCUACGCCCACAUCACCAAGCAUUACCCGUACUACAGGACGGCUGAUAAAGGUUGGCAGAAUUCCAUUCGGCACAACCUCUCCCUGAACCGUUAUUUCAUUAAAGUCCCGCGUUCCCAAGAGGAGCCUGGGAAGGGCUCUUUCUGGAGGAUAGAUCCCGCUUCGGAAGCCAAACUGGUGGAGCAGGCGUUCCGGAAACGGAGACAGCGAGGGGUGUCCUGCUUUCGAACCCCCUUUGGGCCUCUCUCUUCCCGGAGCGCCCCGGCCUCCCCCACCCAUCCUGGCCUGCUGUCCCCUCACUCGAGCGGCCUGCAAACUCCCGAGUGCCUGUCCCGGGAGGGCUCACCCAUCCCACACGACCAUGACUUCAGCUCCAAGUUGGCCUCCGUUCCGGAGUAUCGGUAUUCACAGAGCGCACCUGGUUCGCCCGUCAGUGCCCAGCCGGUGAUCAUGGCCGUCCCCCCUCGGCCCUCGGCCCUGCUGGCCAAACCGGUGGCCUACAUGCCGGCCUCCAUCAUGACUUCCCAGCAGCCUUCGGGCCACGCCAUCCACGUCGUGCAGCAAGCCCCCACCGUCACGAUGGUCAGGGUGGUGACCACCUCCGCCAACUCGGCCAAUGGCUACAUCCUGACCAAUCAGGGGGUGGGGGGCGGAGCCCACGAAGGAGCCGGAGCCGUCCUGGACUUGCCCGGUGAGCCUCGAGGGAUGGACGAGAAGCCGACCAUCGCGUUUGCGGCAAUACCCACCGCCAGCCGAGUUAUCCAGACAGUCGCCAGUCAGAUGGCUCAAGGCGUCCCGGGGCAGACUGUCGCCAUUCUCCAGCAGGCAGCGCCUGUCACCCUCGGGCAGCACCAGCUCCCUGUCCGGGCAGUGACCCAAAACGGGAAGCACGCCGUCCCUCCCAACAGCAUAUCUGGUGGUUCUUAUGCCCUCACAAAUCCGUUGCAGCUCUUGGCAGCCCAAGCUAGUUCCUCAGUGCCCGUGGUCGUGGGCCAGGUGGGCGAGGCGGGGACGAGAGAGGCCGCAGAGCCCCCGAACGAGCCGGACGUCAAGAGACCCCGGAUCGAAGAGCCGAGAGGAGGAGCGGCUCCGUUGCCGACCACCGGGGGCGUCAUCACUUCGACAACUCCGCAGGGACAGGCUGCCGGCGAAUGAGGGGCCAGAGCGGUCCCGAAAGGCAGCCCCGGGUCGGAAGAGGUGGGGAGGGGGAAGCCGGAGAGGCAAACCAAACUGCAACGGUAACACCUUGGGCCUCCCAGAAAGAGGCUUUUGAAGCUCGUUCGGUACGCGAGCAUAAAAGGACAGACCAGCCGUUCUUAGAAUCGCAAGGUGCCAAAACGAAUGGGAGAACCUCCACCCGUGUGUCUGUACCUGGGCAUCUGUUCUGUCUUUCACUUUGGAGAUCCUCCCCCCCCCCCCUCCUCCCUCUUUUAGAUUAAAAGAAAUACAGACAAUUUUGAUUGUA